GCAUAUAUACGAGAAAGAGAAAAAUUAUUGUCAAAAAAAUUCUCUCAGAAAACGAAAGAAGAAGAAACCGGCUGAUAGCCAAGCCGAAGCAUCUCUCUCUGAUUUUGGUAGAAAGGAGGGAAAUGAAGAGCUGUGAGCUCUGCGAUUUGGCGGCAAGUACGUAUUGUGAGUCGGACCUAGCAAGUUUGUGCUGGGGCUGUGAUGCCAAAGUGCACGGAGCCAACUUCCUCGUAGCGCGGCACGUGAGGUGUCUUAUCUGCCACGCCUGCCACUCUCUCACGCCGUGGAGGGCCGCAGGUUCUAAGCUCGGUCACACGGUCUCCGUCUGUGAGAGGUGCGUCAACGGCGGCGAUCGAGAGGGCAGCGAACCGGAAAUUGAAGAAGAUGAAAGAGUUGUUUAUGAUGACGAUGCGGAGGAGGACGGAGAUAAUCAGGUGGUGCUGUCGUCCACAGCUUCAAAUACUCCUCCGCCUGCUUCAAGUUCAUCUACUAGCGAAGAAUAUUCUGAUGGCGGCAGAGAGGUCUGUAAAUCUACAAAUUUGUUUCCGUUGAAAAGGUCAAGAGAAAAUUUUCCAGAUCUUCGUUAUCAGGACGAACUGGAUCCGUUAUAUCCUAAACGGAGGUACGGUUACCGUACUGUUUUGUCGACUCCGUGCAGAGCGGAGGAUGAAUCCAUCGACGAGGCCGUUUCAGUUGAUUCUAUAAGGAUGCCAAAAGAACAGUUGAUCAAACAGGACGAUGCCGUUCAUUUGCAGUCCGAUUCGUGUGAUUCGAUAGACACGGCGAGUGCAUAGUCAUUAGAGCCUCGAAAAAUCCAGUAAAACAUCUUAAACCUGUUAGUAAUAGUAAAUGCCUGGCUGUUUGAUUGAGUUGGUUCGGCCUUGAGAUAUCUGAUGAUCUAACCUGUUAAGAUUCUUAACUAUAGUCCAUGAUUCUCUUUGAUGGGAUUUCUUAACCCUCAUUUGAUAGUUAGUUUGUGUGUGGUUUGAUUACCUAAGAAUUUUACUAGUUUGAUAUCUGGGUGAGAUUUCGUAAUCUGAUUUUUUACUAUAUAAGUCAUGUUUAUUGGAUAUCUUCUCAAACCAACGGUUUGUUUGUAGUGUUGUCGUCUUAUUCUUUUCCCCCAGUUGGUUAUCUUAUACUAUGAAUUUUUAUAAUUUAUUUGAAACGAAUUAUGAAACUAAAUGUGCAUAGAACAUGGAUGAUGGAUUCACAGGCAUCAAGUAGUAGGCAGCCAACUUCAUUGUAUUUGUAGAGUGAAUUUGUAUCUUUAAAGAAAAAGUAAUGCUGAG